GACUGCGCAAUGAACCUCCGGAACAUCCGGGAGGUCACCAGUCACGGAAAAUUUGGAACGGAAUCGUUCAGGCUGCGCGUGUCAUCUCACAAGAUCUCCCCGUCAGCCUCCUGCUCAAAGUGCAGUCAUUCAUUGGGUCAGAUCGGGCUGCCUGGGGCUUUACCAGGGGCCAGACAUCCUUUGACUGUGACAUCACUGGGUGGUGGAGAACAACAUCACCAUGAGAUGGACUGUGAUGUCAUAUCCCUUGCUGGUUAUAUGUGUUUCUGCAGAGCCUGGUUGGGCCAGUUUAGCUCAAGCCUGGACUUCUACUGAGUGUGCCUGCAAGUGGGAGCUCCUUCUGGCCCUCAGUUCUCCCCAGCCUGCUGCAGCAAGAAGACAUGGCCACGGACACAGACUGGAGCUGCCCCAUCUGCCACAACACUCGGAGUGAUGUGGCUUCUGCAAUACCCUGUAAUGACCAGUUCUGCCUGGGCUGCAUCCUGCGGUGGGCAAAGACAAAUCCAGCAUGCCCACUCUGCAGCAGACCUAUGGAGAUUGUCAGAUUUUCUGAGCGGAGUGAACGCGACUACCUACAGUUUGCCAUCACAGCCUCAGAAGACUUGGCAGAGGACAGCAGCCAGGCAGGGAGCGCUCCGUUCCACCUGACCCAAAACAGCCCCCAUCACCCUAGGGUAUCCCCUCCACCUUCUCCACAAAGGAUGCUGUCUCCAGAUGAGCAGGGGGCUGCAGAGCCAGAGUUCAUGGGUGGCCUCCUACCUGAGGUCUGGGCAGAACUUUUCCAAAGGCAGCAGCAACUGCUGGACCCUGUGCUUCCCUGGCUGCGCUGGAGGCUGGCAGCAGUCUAUCAGGACCAGUGGUGGCGAGCAGAGGCUGCAGAGGGCUCUAUCCUGCAUGGUCUCUGUGUCUGUGGUCUGAAUGCAGAGACCCUGGUCGAGCUGCUGGAGCCUCUCCUCAAUGGGCACACAGCAUCACUGGUCUAUGGUAUCAUCAGUGUCAUUGCAGGCCAGUGCAGGGACGAAGCCCAGAGGCUGCUGUGCUUCCAUCAUGCCAGCACCAACUCCAGUAGCUCCAGCUACACUAGCUCCCGGGAGGUGAUGCUUGCCAGUGAACCCACAGGCUCUGAGGUAGAGCAGGAAACUGGUACACAAGAAACCGCUCUCCAACAGAGUACCAGCCACCCCCCAUCUAUGACCAGCUGCUCAGUGCAGGACCAGCCCCAGGAAGAGCAGGAGCAGACAGUGGCAGCAGCAGGUCCAUCUGCUCAGGGCUGCAGCCCCUCUGCUCCUGACCAGAGCAGGGACCACUCUUCUGGAGAGCCCCGGCAUGCCCGGAAGAAGAGAACCCCCAGCCUCCAGGAUUCUCCCAGACCCAAGAAGAGGCCACCUCGCCAGCAGCACUAGCACAUGUCCAAGAACUCUUCAGCCAAGAAAAAAGAAAUAAAUUGUAAUUUCCCUGACGAAGUCUCUUGAGUGCUGCUUUCUCCCUGUUCUGGUGCCUUUCUCUGUACCCCAUUCUCUACAAUCAGCCAAGAGCUCCCAGGACUCCAGGGCCAUUUCAACAGCGCCUCCUCACGCAGGAAAUCCUGCUGCAGCCGUGAUGAUUGAAAAGCUUUUGAACAAGCACCGGGGUGUGCUACCGGAAGCAUCAGGGGUGGAAGACUAACCAGGCAUUCAUCACAUGAGAAGAGGAAAACUCUGAUAAUGCCUAACACAAUUUCUGCCUAAGACAUUAGUGCAAAAUAUACAGUUUGAUGAUGUACAGUCAGAGGACUGGUACAGCCUGAAGGUACAACCAAUUAUAGUUUAUUCAAUCAGUUGGAGGGAAAAGACCUAUGCAUUAAUGUAGAAUGCACUAUAAUCUGCAUUAAUGUAGAAUGCAUUCUAAUCUAUAUUAGUGUAGAGUACUAUAAAAAGAGGGCAGGAGGAAAAGGAAAUGUGCAUCAAACUGGGGAGUGGAAGAGGAGGGAAUACCAGAAGCACUGUUCAUAAUUACAUUAAUUAUACAUUUUGCAGGUGUGUUUCAAAAAAAUUAACAACAAAACCAACCAAUCAACCAAAGAAACCCCAAAACUCAGCAAAAAAAAUAGAAGUGUUGUUCUUUAAAAUUUCGUAAACUGUAUUUGGACACAUUAAGUUUCUAUUUUGUGUGAUCUGUUUGUUGGAGAGCAGAACGAAGUUACUACAGACAGUUGAAGGAGGAAGAAGAAAUAACACUUAGCACAUUGUCUUGUUUCUCAUGUUUGUACAGUGUCUAGGACAGUUCAUUCUGACCACAGAAAAGGUUGGCUGAUGGAACACAAUGGGAAAGUUGCAGAUUUGCCACUUCCUUGCAGCAAGCAGCAAGCUCAGUGACUGAACAGACAGUUGCUGUCCUGCUGCAUGUUCCUGGCAGGAGCCUGUGCUGUCUCCCAGACCAAGUGUGUGGUAUGAACCUCACAAACAUCUUAUUAGAUGCCUUCUGAGCAUCACAUCAGCCCACAAGAACCUGGGUGGCAAAAAAAUUCUCUCAGGAGGAGGGAGGGGUGCCCAGCUGGCCAACCAGCAGACAUUCAUCCAGGGGAAGUCCCGCCAAACAACCUGGUGAUCUUCAAUGAUUGAGCAAGUACACUCGUGCAUAAGGGAAAGGCUACAGAUGUCAUCUUCUGGAGUUCUGUAAGGACUGUAGCAGUAUUCCCCACAACAUCCUUUGAUCUAAAUGGGAGAGAGGUGGGUUUGAUGGGACUGUUCAGUGGAAGUGGAAUUGGCUGGACUGGCAUAUCUAGACGGUAGUGGUCAAUGGCUUAGUGUCCCUAUGGGCAUCAAUGAAAAGUGGUGUUUCUCAGGAACCGUACUGGAACCAGUGCCAUCUCCACCAAGGACAUAAGACAGAGGGAUCCAGUGCACCCUCAGCAAAUUUAGGGGUGACACCAUGCUGAGCGGGUGACAUGCCUGAAGUGUGAGAUGCCAUCCAGAGGGACCUGGACAAUCUCAGCAAGUGGGCCCAUGGGAACCUCAUUGGCUUCAACAAAGCUGGGAUUACCGCCCAGAAAGCUAGCUGUGUCCUGGGCUGGAUCACCAGCAAUGUGGGCAGCAGGUCGAUAGGGGUGUGUCUUCACUCUGCUCUGGUGAGACACCACCCAGAACGCUACCUCCAGCUCUGUGUCCCCAGAAUAGGAAGGACACGGACCUAUUAGAGCAAGUGCCAAGGAGGCCACCAAGAUGAUCAGAGGGAUGGAACACCUAUGCUAUGAGGGACAGGCAAGAGAACUGGGCUUAUUCAGUCUGGAGAAGAUGAGGCUCUUGGAGACUUUACAGCCCUUUCCAGUACCUAAAGGGGCUACAAGAAAGCUGGACAGGGACACUACAAAGACAUGUAGUGAUAGGAGAAGGGAAAAUGGCUUCAAUCUAAGAGAAGACAGGGUUAGAUAAGAUGUUAGGAAGAAAUUCUUGAUUGUGAAGGUGCUCAAGCACUGGCAUGGCCUGGCUAAAGAAGCUGCAUCUGUCCCUUCCCUAGCAGUAUUCAAGGCCAGGUUGGACAGGGCUUGGACAACCAGGUCUAGUGUAAGGUGGCCCUCUCCAUGGCACAGGGGUUGGAACUAGAUGGUCUUUAGUAUCCCUGAAAUCCCAAAGCAUUCUAUGAUUCCAUGAUUUCAGGUAAACCAAGUAGCUUUCCUCAUAUUGAUGACUCAUGCUAUUUACUGCAUGUUUCCUCCUCCAGGACAGCAGCUCUUCAAGAAACAAAAAAAAUACAUUUCUCUUUCAAAAUCUCCCAAGAUAUAAAGCUCCAUGCUUUCAUGUAUUUUUUUUACUGGAAUAGUAAACCAUUAGUAUUGUGCAUAACAAGAUAACAACUUACAUGGUCACCUGUUGCGGAGUACCAGGCAUAAGAAGGUUUUAUCUCAAACAUUCUGACUGUUGCAACAGAAAAGCUGUGACUGGAAGAGAGAGUGUUGUGGAGAUAGAAAAGUGCUGAGCUGAGCCAACUUAUUUUUCUGCAUUGAGACUUGUGCUUAAUUCUGCUAUGUGAACUCCCACUCCAGACUCCCUUCCUGGAAAGCACCAAAGGGCUGACUGCACAUGCCCAAAACAUUGGCAAAAAUCUGUUUUACAUAAGAGGUGUGCACCAGGAAAACUAUAAAAGGAAGUGGAUCAGUCCCCCAUUCUCUCUCUUUCUCUUUGUCUCUUGCACUUUCUUUGUUCACCCCAUUUCCAAGUAACAGUUCCCUGACACAUGAUCUGGUGUCUUUGUUCAGCCUGAAAAGAAUUUAUAAUGAACAUCAAACACCUUAUUGGAUCAGUUGUGACAUAACAGACCAGGAAAAGAAGGUGGGAGUGCUAAAGCCUUGGAUUAACUCUGCAUGCAUUAUGAUUGAGAGCAGCAUUGGAAAAUUGAUCCAAACACUGAGAAGCUGCAGCGCUAUAUUGAAAUCCUAUUGAAAAAUAAUUGUCUUCAUUAUCCAGCGUAAUUGCCUAGAUCUGAAAGUCUGUCAUUUUCUCCAUUUACUUCAGAGCUAACAUCAGCAAGCAAGUGAUCUAGCUUAGGACUGAAAACACCACCUCAACCUUGCUGCAUCCCCAGUCUCAGGAAACCCAUUCAUGAAGCUUCUCAAAUGUUUACCUCAGAACCAUGUGGGACACAGGUCUGCAAAUGGUAGGAUGAAUGAAAGCAUGGAAAGCCAAGCAACAUACCGGCUGCAUACACAUCAUCCAGCUGUUGUACUGCUGUGCUAUUUCCAAGGAGUCUUGCGCAUCUGAGAUGCACCACCGGGAGUUUCCCUGUGCACAUCCAUGCAUCAGAGGGAGCUGCCUGCUAGGGAUGUAAAGAAAGAAAGAAAAGAAAGUUCCAACACACUGUGGGACAACACACUGGUAGCAGGAAAGCAGUGGGCCCAAAUGGGUUGGUUCCAGCAAAAGUGGAAGUUAUGAGGCAAAGACCGCAUGUCAGCGACUUGGUGUGGUUCUUUGAUUGUCUGAUGUGUGGCCAUUUCAUGAUGCAUCCCCUCCAGGACAAGCUCCCACAACUCCCCCUUUUUUUGUUUUAUUUAAAAUGAAAGCUAUAACAAGAUAGUAAAAAAUAAUAAUCUUGUCUUAACUGAAAACAACACAACACAUAAAAGACUUUAACUAAAAUUGAGAAUUAAAAUAAACAGGUGAGCUUAUAUUGAAGAGCAAAACUAAACAAUAAGUAAAUAACUAAAUAUGAUUUUCGUUUCCCCUCACUUCGAGGAGCCUGAGUCCCGGCCUGCUCCCCGCCACUUCAUUCCCCCUCACUUACCCACAAACAAAAGAGAACAGAAAAUCAAAAGGACUUGUGGUGGCAACUUUCCCCAGGACCCUUCACCAAACACAGAAGUCAAAAGAAAAGGAUUAACAGGGGACUUGAGCUGUACGGAGGAUACUGACCUUCCCGUCUAAAUAAAUAAAAUAACUUGGUCAACUGGC